CACACAUCAAAAUCACAAUAAUCCACCAUGGCCAGCCUCGCCAACGUCGAGCACCGGAACCAGGAGGCCACGGUAUACGUCGGAAACCUCGACGCCGUUUGCACGGAAAAGAUCCUGCUCGAGCUGUUUGCCCAGGUCGGAAGGGUCAAGUCGGUGUAYAUGCCCACCGACAAGAUCACCAGCACGCACAACGGCUACGGCUUCAUCGAGUUCCUGGACACGCAGGACGCCGAGUACGCCAUCCAGAUUCUCAACAUGAUGAAGUUCUACAACCGCCCGCUCAAGGUGUCCAAAUCGAGCCUGCACAAUUCCAAGACCGACAUGUGGUCCAGGGACGUUGGUGCCAACCUCUUCGUCGGCAACCUGGACCCGGUCGACGUCGAYGAGCACCUGCUCUACGACACCUUUGGUGCUUUUGGAACCCUCAUCAAGCAACCCAAAAUCAUGCGGGAGGAGGACACGGGCGAAUCGAAGGGCUUUGGCUUUGUCUCCUACGAUUCCUUCGAGGCGUCCGACACGGCCCUCGAGUGCAUGAACGGACAGUACCUGGGAAACCGGCAGAUCGUGGUGCAGUACGCCUUCAAGAAGGACACGGCAGGGGGCCAACACCCCGGGGGGAACCCCGGCGGCUCCCACGARCGGCACGGCUCGAGGGCCGAGCGCAUGCUGGCGGCCCAGCGAAACUCGCGGAGGGAGGAGCAGCGGGCGCAGGGCGGUGGUUCCGCGGGCGGGCCCCCUCCCGGCCGGGGGAUGCCCCCUCCGCCUCCCCCGGCCGCGCCCGGGGGUGGGUUCGGGGCCUACGGCCGGGGAGGAUACUACCCGCCGGAGCAGGGCGGGAUGAUGCCCCCGCCGCCGCCGCCGAUGGUGGGAGGAGGGAUGAACCCGAUGGGAGGCGGCGUGCCACCGCCUCCUCCUCCRCCCCCGCCGCCACCCAUGAUGCCACCGGGGUAAGUGAACGGAACCCCCAACAUACCGAUGGCGGAGGGCGUUGUCCGGAAGGCGUCCUUUGUGGUUUGUGUUUGUUUGUUUGGGAGAUCGGAGCUGUCCAUCUCCGGUCCUCCCCGCGUGCCACAUCGUGUCCGAAUGCCGGUGUCCCCGCCGCUCGCAGAACCAUUUGCUCGUCACUCCAACCCAACCUAAAACAAUUCCCAAAACACCCGAGYCAUGGCACGCAUCCCUCCCUAACCACCUUUCUUCUUUCCCUUCUCUAUUCUUCUUCUUGCGUUGCCCAAACACAGACACGGGAUGGGGGGAGGAAUGCCACCGCCUCCUCCGCCGCCACCUCCACCGAUGGGAAAUUCCGGGAUGCCGCCCCCACCACCGCCCCCUCCUCCGCCACCGAUGGCGAUGCAAUAACGAAAGUGGCCAACUCGAAGYAAAUGGAAACGAGAACACUCGCAGAUGGAGUUCGACACGAAAAUAUUCGACACGACAGGGCACGACACGACACGACACGACAYAAUACUUUUCUACUGUGUAGAUACUGUGGAAUGAAWAGCACAAAAGAGGAAUCUCUUGGUUGGAGGAGAAAGACAAGAAAAAUWGGCGUUGGCGUGAUACACUGUAGGUGGAGAAGGUGAAUCAAACUCAAUCGAUCC